AAAAAGGAAAAAAAGAGGAAGAAAACGACGACGAUAUACAAGAACAACAAGAACAGCAGUAGCAGUAGCAACAGCAGCAGCAGCAGCAGCAGCAGCAGCAGCAGCAGCAGCAGUAGCAGUAGCAGCAGUAACAAUCAACGACAAAGAUAAACAGUUCCGUAAUCGUUAAGGAUCGAAGAAAAAAGAACAAAAUAAUCGUAAAAUACGCGUACGUGGUCUGUUUUAAAAAUAAAAGUUAGCCGAUAUAAAAGAUUCGUUAAUCUCGUGGAAAUGCCGGAAUCAUGCGUUCCUUCUUCGAGGCUAUUAAAACAGCGUGUAACAUCUUCGGAUUGGCGAAAGACUGAUGACGACGAGGUCGAGCCGACAAAAUCGAAAACCAAUCGAAUAUAUUUCCCACGAAUAUCAACGUAUUAUAAAAAAGGAAAUAAUCAAUUGCCGUGCCUAACGACGACACGUUCCCGGGAUUUUCCUUACGGCUUUUUUCUUACGGCAACUUUUAUGUUAAUCCAUUGAUUGAUUUAAUUAAUUAUCGGAUACGAAUAGAACGAAUUAAAUGGAUGAAGUAUUAAACGUUUGUUCGAUAAUGAAGAGUAUUUUGGCGAUGUAUUUAAAUAUUUCGUUAUGUCGUGCUUGGACUCGAUUAGAAAGAAAAUUCUUAUCUAAUCUUUAUUGGUAAUCAUAUAUGAAAAAGGGAUAAUAAAUAAUCGAGAUUAGUGGAUCAUUUACGGUAAGAACGGAACGAACAUAGAUAGGGAGAGAGAGAGAGAGAGAGAGAGAGAGAGAGAGAGAGAGAGAGAGAGAGAGAGAGCGAGAGAGUAUACAACUAUAAAUAGAUGUUUUCUCGCUUAGAGGAUCAGUCUUAAAAGUUAAAGAAAGAAGGAGAGAGAUAGAUAGAUAGAGAGAGAGAGAGAGAGAGAGAGAGAGAGAUAGAGAUAGAUAGACAGAUAGAUAGAUAGAUAGAUAGAGAGGGAGAGAGAGAGAGAGAGAGAGAGAGAGAAUACUUCUAAGAAAAUACACGCACGGCGACCAACACGACCUUGUCCGAGUGUCCUUGCCUCAGACGAAGGAUCAUAAGUCAACAGAAAAGACGGGCAGCAGCAAGGUGGUGCGACCUUUGGUAUAUCUAAACAACAGAAAUAGCGGAAGCGAAUCGGAUCGAAGUUGGGUCGAGCGAUCGAGUCUUCUUAGAUAGUGCAAGCAUGUGUUGAAGACCAAGAGAACGUUCUCUAAAGAGUCAAGGAGCUGUAAAGUGACGAAAGGAGAGAAAGAAAAAGAGAGAGAGAGAGAGAGAGAGAGAAAGACAGACUCGAGUGAAACUUACAACUCUUUCGGUGCCUCUUUUUCUUCAUCUUCUUCUUCUUCUUCUUCUUCUUCUCUUUUUUCCUCUCCUCUCAUUUUUUUCCCCUCUCACUUCUUCUUUUUCAUCCUCAUUUCACAAGUACAACGAUACCUAAACGAAGAAAAAUUCGUAAAAGCCUAUGAACGUUCUUCGAUUUUAAUCGAUUCGAAUCGGUACUUGCUUCUUGUUGUUCCUUCUUUUAUGAUUUCUUUUUCCUUUUCUCUUCUUAUCCCCCUCCCCCUUAGUAUCAAAUUCCUUUCUUUCUCCUCCUCCUCCUCCUCCUCCUCCUCCUCCUCCUCCUUCUCCUCCUCUUCUUCCUAUUCCUUCUUCUUCUUCUUCUUCUAUGCAAGGCUCUGCGCGAGUGUGUUUUGAAUUCUUUUUUUAUUUUUUUUUCCGUUUUUCUUUAGUGCUACAAUAGUGUUCACGGAAGUUGUUUAUUGCUAUCACUGCACAGAAAAGAGAAAUAUAUAUAUAUAUAUGUGUGUGUGAAUGUAUAUAUAUAUAUAUAUAUAUAUAUAAACGAUAGAUAUUAAUUAUCGAUACAAGAGGCCUGAUUAGUCUCUCUUCGAGGAAAAAAAAAGAAACGCCGACACGUUUACGUCUACCCAGAUAUCUGGGAAUCAUCCUGAGAUGCCUGUUAGACGAGGUCACGUGGCGCCCAGGACAACGAUCAUCGAGACCAUCAUUAGAAAGUUUGAUACUCACGAUCGAAGUUUUUUAGUGGCAAACGCUCAGCAAGGACUAUGCCACAUAAUCUACUGCUCGGACGGUUUUUGCCGGCUGACGGGUUUCUCCAGGGCGGAAGUGAUGCAAAGACCAGCGGUCUGCGAAUUUCUACAUGGACCGAUGACGUCACCGCAUGCAGUCGCAGCCCUGCGCGACGCUCUCGCUGCAGGCGUCGAGAAACACUUCGAGAUCCUCUACUACAGGAAGGAUGGAACCAAAUUCCUAUGCAGCGAGGUGAUAGCAUUGAUAAGGAGCGAGGUGGACGAUAUUUGCCUGCAAAUCAUAAAUUUCGAGGAUCUGAGCUCGCAGCCUCCACCACAAGCUGCGAUUCCACCACCGAGUCAGGCCAACAACAGGCUUGUUACGCGCUUCGACAGGGCAAGGGCGUCCUUUCGCGCUGGCCUCUCGAGGACCGGUGUCGUUGGUCCACCGAGGGUCAGAAAUCGGCCAAGAACGACGAGCAACUUACCUCAUCGAGUCGCGGAUGGGACCAUCCUCGACGAGGACGCCUCUGAGAACUGUCCGCUAACAUGUGGUUCACCCACGAUGAUGGAAUCAUGGGGUCCAGGGAGGACUGGUACACCACCACCCUCUCUACCAGUACCAACAGCUGGAAGCAACAAUGGCGGUGCUACAUCAGUGGCCACUGCAAAUGUUGUACAGCCGAGUACUACAGCUCCUAUUGCAAGUCCCGAGGGUGUCAGCGAUGUCUCGCAGAAGUCGGGAAUAUGGGAAGGUCCGAAUUCAUCGGCAGGUGGGGUUACGGAAGGUGGACCUUCUCGAAGUGUUUCUCACGCGGCAAGUUUAGAUGCAAUUUCGAGAAAGGCCAUAAAACCGGAUACGACGAGGGCGCCAUGUCGCAGCCUAACCUGCAGCGUUUCAGGCAGAGGUAGCGAACACGUCACCCUCGAGCGAAGGCCAGCAACAGUCGAUAACCUCACCGAAGCAGCGAAACAUUCGAAAAUCUUCCCGGGUGUUGCUUCUGAGAGCGAUCUACAAAAAUGGAGAACGUCCAAGGAUCGAAAAUCACCUUCUCUCAGCCAAAUGGGCCCGGAUUCUAUCAAACACAAAUUCUCUCUGCAGGACAACGGCUCGGCGAAAUAUUUUCAAGGAGCCAUGCAUACGCCAAAUAUGGGUGAAAAAGUUGCACAGGUGUUGUCCCUCGGCGCGGACGUCCUUCCCGAGUACAAACUACAAUCGCCUCGAAUCCACAAGUGGACCAUAUUACAUUACUCGCCCUUCAAAGCGGUCUGGGAUUGGGUGAUACUACUUCUCGUAAUGUACACAGCCAUAUUCACACCAUAUGUCGCCGCCUUCGUGCUGUCCGAGCCGGAUUAUAACAGCAAGAAGAACAAAAAGUACGGUGACGAUCCGAUCGUCAUCAUAGACUUUAUAGUCGACGUCACAUUCAUCGUGGACAUCAUCAUAAAUUUUCGCACGACUUUCGUCAACAGUAACGAUGAAGUGGUGUCACAUCCUGGAAAGAUAGCCGUCCAUUACUUGAAGGGUUGGUUCAUCAUCGACUUAGUGGCCGCAAUACCCUUCGACCUUCUACUCGUUGGCUCUGAUACGGACGAGCUCGGCUUGGACAAGGACGAGACGACGACCUUGAUCGGACUUCUCAAGACCGCACGUCUUCUACGCUUGGUUAGGGUGGCCAGAAAAAUCGACAGAUACAGCGAAUACGGAGCCGCGGUUUUGCUCCUUUUAAUGGCCAGUUUCGCGCUCAUUGCACAUUGGAUGGCCUGUAUAUGGUAUGCCAUAGGAAAUGCGGAAAGACCGACCUUGAAGAGUAAAGUCGGUUGGUUGGAUAUUCUGGCCAAUGACACUCAUCAAUUUUAUUUUCACAACAAUACAGGUGGACCGAGUAUAAAGAGUCGUUAUAUAACAGCACUCUACUUCACAUUCAGCAGUUUAACGUCCGUCGGUUUUGGUAACGUUGCACCCAAUACGGACGCUGAAAAAAUAUUUACUAUUAUCGUUAUGCUGAUAGGAUCUCUAAUGUACGCCAGUAUCUUUGGCAAUGUAUCGGCGAUCAUACAAAGAUUGUACAGUGGUACAGCAAGAUAUCAUACGCAAAUGCUCAGGGUUAGAGAGUUCAUAAGAUUCCAUCAAAUACCAAAUCCACUUCGACAACGUUUGGAAGAAUAUUUUCAACAUGCCUGGACUUAUACCAAUGGGAUUGAUAUGAACAGCGUACUCAAAGGAUUUCCCGAGUGCCUUCAGGCUGACAUUUGUCUUCAUCUAAAUAGAAACUUGUUAAACAAUUGUAGAGCCUUCGAGGGUGCCAGUCCAGGUUGUUUAAGGGCAUUGUCUUUAAAAUUCAAAACUACGCAUGCACCACCGGGUGACACAUUAGUCCAUCGCGGAGACGUCUUGACGUCCCUUUACUUUAUAUCACGUGGAAGUAUAGAAAUUUUAAAGGACGACAUCGUAAUGGCCAUACUCGGGAAGGACGACAUUUUCGGUGAAAAUCCUUGUAUUUAUCCAACAGUUGGAAAAUCCUCGUGCAACGUUCGUGCUUUGACCUAUUGCGAUCUUCAUAAGAUUCACAGAGACGAUUUACUCGACGUUUUGGCACUUUAUCCUGAAUUUUCAAAUCACUUCAGUCAAAAUCUAGAGAUUACAUUCAAUAUGCGAGAUGAAGAACAAGCCGGUGUUGAUCCAAUGUCAGCAAGGUUUCCUGUCAGCACUCCAACCGACGUCGACGUCGACGCCAGGAGAUUCGCCUUCCGUCCACCAAGAUACCGUCGAGGACCUGGAGGAGGUCCUGGCACCAAUCUUAUCCCUACCGGUCGACAAGAUUCCUUGCAGGACGAUCAAGAAGACUACGACAAAAGUAGCGGCCACGGUAUAUUAGAAUUUAGUACCGACAAAGCUGGUCAAGAUGUUACGCCAUUAAAUUUGGAAUUCGAUGAACCGAAGCAAAGGAGUU